UGCAGUCACUAUAGCAACCAGGCUCACACCUGCCUGCUUAACGAGCUCUCUCUCACUCUGCCAAGGUUAAACCUAAAAAUGUCUGCUGCAUCUAAGCAGUUGUAGUAAGAUUAACUUUUUCAAUAGGUACAAUAAGACAGAUUUGACAGGGGUCAGUAGUUAGUAUAUGCCAACUAAGUAUAGCAUUGUGAUUGGCACACAGGUUUUUCAGAUCUGGGCAGUUGGAGUCUGUUGAUGACUUUAAAAUCAUCCUUUCUGACUGGAUAAUUAAAGCUUACAGCAUCUACCUGUCUGUAGUUGAUUUUCCCACAUUUUAACUAAUGUUUAACUAAUCUAAUCUCAUUUAAUGUCUCUGUUUAUAGUCUGUAUAGUUUAUCUCCCCACUAACAAACUUAAAGUAGUCUUAAAAUAAAACCCACAUAACAGUUCAAGAUGAAAUACUUUUUAUUUGCUCAUGUAAUGCCAGUUGCCAUAUUUUUCUGUAUGUCACUCAUUCGCUUAUACAAAAAGUACCAAUUUGUACACUAGUCUAGUGUAUUUUUUCCCUCUAUCUCUCUAUGUCUCUCACAUACAGAGACUAACACACAGACAUGUAUAUACUCAUUAUUGCUGUUCAAAUUGAUGGUCAAAUUUCCAAGCACCACCUGAACGCCUCAUCUGUUUUCAACCCAUCACUGGACCAACUGUCGUCAUUCCGCUUUGCUCUCUGCUGUGGAACUUGACUGACACCUGUGCUUUGCCUGUGUGCAGAAGAAGAACAAGGACCAGAUCUCCAGUCUUCUCUCUCACAUCCCAACCCCCCAACCCCUCUAUCCUCUGUCCUGCUCCACCUGUUGUCUCUGCCUUCUUUCCAUCUGUAUUUCACCCUGUGGUUUGUGAGAAAUUUUGCCAAACCAAGAAUCUUAUUGCAGUUUGAUUUCAAAGCCGUGUCUCUCCUGCUCUGUCUGUUCUCUCUGCUAAAUUUUCUCUCUACCUGUUUUUCACUCUUUGGCUUGCUGCUGAGAAAUGCACAAGCCAAUAAAGCAAUAAAGAGUGCAUAUUUUGCCUCAACCUUUGAACAAACUGAACAAACAAAGAAAUCUCUACGGUUUGAUUUCAAAACCGUGUCUUUCCUGCUCUGCCUGUUCUCUCUUCUAAAUUUUCUCUCUACCUGUUUUUCACUCUUGGCUUGCUGCUGAAAAAUGCCAAGCCAUUAAAGCAAUAAAGAGUGCAUAUAUUGCCUCUACCUGAGAACAAACUGAACAAACAAAGAAAACUCUAAUUCACGGUUUGAUUGUGAUUUCCCAGCCGUGUCUCUCCUGCUCUGCCUGUUCUCUCUUCUAGAUUUUCUCUCUACCUGUUUUUCAUUCUGGGCUUGCUGCUAAGUUGUGCCAAGCCAAUAAAGACAGUACAUAAUAUUCUCUCGACUGAAGAACAAACUGUCAAAUGAAAGACAACUGUUUCAGACAAAUAAAAACUGAAAUAUAAAAACAAAGACAACAUCUCCUGGUGUGUGCCACUCUUAUCUUGUGAACAUAUUUUCUGAAGACUAAGAAACACUUGCAGGUGUGUGAAAAUGCCAAGGAAGCAGAAAAAGUCAAAAGCUGCAAAACAACGCUGGAAGAAGUUCCAUGAGAUUCACAGUGUACCAAUAUGUGAACAAGCUGAGUGUGAUUUUCCUCAGAGCUCUGCAGAAGACAGUGUGUCUACAAAGACCAAUUCUGACAGUGUCAAACAGGCAGGUCAACAUGUUCCUGCACAUGUACAACAGGUAUCUUAUGCUGAUGCUGUAAAGAGUGGACUGCAGCAUGAAUUUAGUGAACAACAUGAGGUGUCAAGUGCCCCACAGGUGGGUUAUGCUGAUUUGUUGAAAAGAGGCCAUCACAGUGAUGUGGCAGGACCAUCUCAUGCAGAAAGAGUGAACUUUGAAAACCAGCCCUCUGUAACACAUGUCUGUGCAUCUCACAGCCAGGCACAUCCUAAAUAUGGAGACUCCAGAAACCACCAGUGCACAUGUAACUCACUCACAUUUCUUGCAUUCCUUCAUGAGAAUGAAAACAUGACUACAGCUGACCUUAAUCUGGUCUUGGAUAAAGGUGAUGUGAUGUACAAAGAGGCAAAGAAAAGAUUCCCCAAGAGUAUUCAUUUGGCAACCGAUGAGCUGCCAGACAAAGUUUAUGCUCGCAGGUCUAUGUAUCAUGUCGACAUGACACAGCCUUCCCGGUAUGGGACAUUUGAAGAACCUCCAGAGGAAGCAGUAGAUACCUUUCUCAGCUUAGAAGCAGGACUGAGCUGCCUGUUGUCAGAUGUGCAGUAUGCCUUACUGAUUAUGAGUGGAUUGUGUAUUGCAGUGUUCAGAUCCACAUCAGGCGAAUAUGGGUUCUUUGACCCACACUCCAGAACACCCAGUGGUCUUUCUCUACUACUACAGUCACGUAAUCGUGGUACAGCUGUGAUGCUGAAAUUUACACUCCUCAGUGACAUGAUUAAGAGGCUACAAGAUUCUUAUGAAAUGAUGGAGAUAUCACCCUCUUGUAACUAUGAGCUGAAGCCUGUGCAGUUCUACAGUAUGAGCACAGUCAACCUGAGUGAUACUAUCACAGACACAGUCUGCAGACCAACAGCUGCCGCUGCUGUGGCACCUACUCACGCUGAUACAACUGUUGAUGAAGCAAACCCCUCUACUCCAAGGAGAAACACAACCACUGGUCUGACUGAGAACAUCUUUUGUCAAAUGUCCAUUUGUACGCCACUGGUGAAACAAAAAGAAGUCCACAUGACUCAGUUCACAUCAUAUGAAGAUCAGAAUGAACCUGCUAAUAUACCAACUGAAGAACUAUGCAGUGAAUUAAAUUUCUUUCCAUCGAAUGAUGCUUUUUCAUGUCAAUCAAAUGCUGCAAUAAAAAAUGUUGCUGCCUGUGAUCUUUCUGAUAUAGUUUUACAAAAACUGAAAAAAGUUAAUAAACAACAAAGACAAAAAAUGAAAAGAAGAUUAAUGGCAUCAGAGAAACCCAGAAAUCAGAGAAAAGAAAACCAAAAAAGGAAAGAACAACAAAAGUAUGCUUCAAAUAAAGAGUACAAAGAAAAGAAAAAAUCUUGCACAAGCGAGGCAUAUAAAAACAAUCCUGAAGUUAGACAGAAACAACAACGGUAUGUUAAAAGACGUUACUGUGAGAAUGCAGAAUUCAGACAGAAACAGCAACAGUAUGUUAAAAGACGUUACUAUGAGAAUGGAGAAUUCAGACAGAAACAGCAACAGUAUGUUAAAAGACGUUACAGUGAGAAUGCUAAAGUUAGACAGAAACAAAAACAAUAUAUUAAAAGACGUUACUAUGAGAAUACUGAUUUCAGAGAGGAGAAAAAAAGCUAUAUCACUAAAAGGUAUCGAGAAAGCCCAGAAUUCAGAGAGAGACAGAGAUCUCGAGUGACUCAGCGUUAUGCACGUGACAACGCAUUCAGAGCAAGACACAAACAACUGAUGAAACAACUAAUGCGAGACAGGUAUCAAAGUAAUCUUGCAUUCAGGAUUAUGCACAACAUGAGAUGUGCCAUGAAAAUAAGAAGGAAAUACAGAUGGGUGAACAGACAAACCCAAGAGAGUGACAACAGUGUGAUCAACGAGGCCAUAUCUGUGUUCAAAUCACAUAUCAAAGUUGGACCAUCAUACCCAUGUACUGUAUGUUUCAAGGCUUCAUUUCCAAACCAAGUACGACCCUGCAUAAGGUCAAAUUAUGUCAAAAACCCACAUGUGGUUGCAACAUGUUUGACAGGAAGGUUUGUUCAUGUUUGUGAUGAAAACUGCAGAAAUGAGCAGUGCAAUGUGCCUGAUGAGAGAAAGAGAGAGUGGAUUUGUCACACCUGCCACACUCAUCUUAAAAAUGGAUCCAUGCCAGUACUUGCUGUUGCCAAUAAACUGGAUCUUGCUGAUAUUCCAGCUGAACUGUCUGAUCUCAACAUCCUGGAGAGGCAUCUCAUAGCCAAGUGCAUACCAUUUGCCAAGAUUAUUCCUCUUCCCAAAGGCAGACAAAGAGCAAUUAGAGGAAAUGUGGUCUGUGUCCCAUCAGAGGUACAGGAAACUGUUGAAGCAUUGCCUCGAUUGAGAAUUAAUUCUCAGGUGAUGAGAGUAAAACUGAAGAGACGCUUGUCGUACAAAGGUCAUCAGCUGUUUCAGACUGUAAGCUGGUCUAAACUUGUGCAAGCACUGCAUAAACUCAAGCAGAUUCAUCCACAGUAUAAGGAUGUGAGCAUCAGAGAUGAUGCUGAGCUGUGUGAUCCAACACUUCCUGAUGAAGAUGAUGAGGAUGAUGAUGAUGAAAACAUGAAUGAGGACGAUUAUGAUGAGGCUGAUUUAAUGGAAAUUGACAGCUGUGAGAAAAAUGCACUAUGUGAAGCACAAAAUAAAAAUGAACAGGAUAUUGACAUGUUACCCUAUGAUGGUGAACAACCACAUGAGCAGAUGAGAGAUGAUUCAGAGCAAGAAGAUGGACUGACUAAUGGUGGUUUUGCACUCGAGUCCUGUUUGCAGCCCCCUGAUGUGGCUGAGGAGAUAUUAUGUUUCAGUGAAGGAAUCUACUCUGUUGCUCCUGCAGAGAGAAACAAUCCAAUAAGUUUUUUCAAAAACCUAAACUGGAGGCCAUGGCCUUCCCUGUGCAGUUUCCUACAGGCCAAACACACUUGA